AUGGAUUUGGUGUAUGGUGGAGGAAGUGUAGGGCUGAUGGGGUUGGUUUCACAAACAGUUUAUGACGGUGGAUGUCAUGUUCUUGGAGUUAUCCCAACAGCCCUUGUUCCACUUGAGAUAUCAGGCAAUUCAGUAGGAGAAGUGUUGAUUGUAUCGGAUAUGCAUGAAAGGAAGGCUGAGAUGGCUCGUCAAGCCGAUGCUUUCAUUGCACUUCCUGGUGGGUAUGGAACCAUGGAAGAGUUGCUUGAGAUGAUAACAUGGUCUCAGCUUGGAAUCCAUGACAAACCAGUGGGUCUCUUAAAUAUUGAUGGGUAUUAUGAUUGCUUGCUUCGUCUGUUUGACAAAGGCGUGGAAGAAGGAUUUAUUAAUUUAUCUGCAAGGAACAUUGUCAUAUCUGCAAAAACUGCUCAAGAGCUGAUACAGAGGAUGGAGGAAUACAUACCUUUGCAUAAUCAAGUGGCACCAACCCAAAGCUGGAAUGUGGAAGAAAACCAUGCAAAUCAUAAAAGGGCUUGA